AUGUCUACUUUCAGCGGCGACGAAACUGCUCCCUUCUUCGGCUUCCUUGGCGCUGCUGCUGCCCUCGUCUUCUCAUGUAUGGGAGCGGCAUAUGGAACCGCUAAGAGUGGAGUUGGUGUGGCGUCGAUGGGAGUGAUGAGGCCUGAGUUGGUGAUGAAAUCGAUUGUUCCAGUUGUCAUGGCUGGUGUUUUGGGUAUUUAUGGGUUGAUUAUUGCCGUUAUUAUAAGUACUGGAAUUAACCCAAAGGCCAAGUCUUAUUACCUUUUCGAUGGGUAUGCACAUCUGUCGUCUGGUCUUGCUUGUGGCCUUGCUGGGCUUUCUGCUGGAAUGGCCAUUGGAAUUGUUGGUGAUGCUGGUGUCAGAGCUAAUGCUCAACAGCCUAAACUUUUUGUUGGAAUGAUCCUUAUCCUCAUCUUUGCUGAAGCGUUGGCUCUGUAUGGUCUUAUUGUUGGCAUAAUCUUGUCUUCCCGUGCUGGCCAGUCCAGGGCAGAAUAA